AUGCCGUCUUCCACUACCCUCACGACAAAGGCAGCCACUGGCACACCUUAUCAGCUUGACAACCCUCAGGUUGUGAAAGCUUCCACCGCCCUGCUGCGCCAUAUCAAGUCCAACCAGCAAGAAAAGGAAAAGACGGCGACCAAGAAGACUCUUAUUGGAGACAACGAUUCGGACGACGAGGAUACCCCCAUCAACAAUGAGGCCGUCUGGUUGCUGCUCACCACCAAGAAGCAUGUCGUGGACAAGAACCGCCUGAAGCCCGGCAAGAUCGUGGUUCCCCACUCUCUACACACAUCUCCCUCUCUCAGCAUUUGCGUGAUCACCGCCGAUCCUCAGCGUGGAUUCAAGGACGUGGUCGCCGACCCCGCUUUCCCCCAGGAACUUUCCUCGCGCAUCGAGAAGGUCAUUGGCUUCUCCAAGCUCAAGGCUCGUUAUCAAAGUUUCGAAAGUCGCCGUCAACUGUUCUCUGAGCAUGACGUUUUCCUUGCCGAUGACCGAAUCAUCACCCGCCUGAUCCCCACCCUGGGUAAGAUCUUCUACAAGUCCAGCAAGCGUCCCAUUCCCAUCCGUAUCGCCGAGAUUGAGAAGGUCGACGGCAAGCGUGUCAAGAAAGACCCCAAGCAGAAGAAGCCCUCCAAGGAUGAGAAGAAGGCUUCCUUCGCCGCGCCCUUGAUCUGCGCUAAAGAGAUCGAACGUACCCUGCACUGUGCCGCAGUCCAGCUCGCCCCCUCCACUUCCUCCGCUAUCCGUGUUGGCUCGUCCAAUUUUACCGCUGAGCAAUUGUCCGAGAACAUCAGUGCGGUCGUGAACGGUAUGACCGAAAAGUUCAUCAACAAGGGUUGGAGGAACAUCAAGGCCAUUCACGUCAAGGGCGCGAACACCAUGGCUCUUCCUAUCUGGCUAGCCAACGAGCUGUGGGUCGAAGACGGCGACGUGAUGGAGGAAGAUCAGGCUGCAGCGAUCGAGGACGCGCCCAAGUCCAGUAAGAAGCGCAAGUCUACCGGUGAGGAGAAGCUUCUCGAGGGCAAGGCGUCCAAGAAGACCAAGUCCGCCGAGGACGAAGAGGAGGCCAAGGCUGCCGCUGCCAGGAAAGAGAAGCUCCAGAAGCAAAAGGCCAAGGCUCUCGAAGAUGGUGAGCCUGUCGUGGCUGAGGCCGCCAAGGCUGGCAAGAAGAAGAGAAAGUCGACCACAUCAUAG